AUGUUACACGGGCACGAACGUGCAAUUACACAAAUUAAAUAUAAUAGAGAAGGUGAUUUAUUAUUUUCUUCUGCAAAAGAUAAAGAACCGAAUGUUUGGUAUUCUUUAAACGGUGAAAGAUUAGGAACUUUUAUCGGCCACGAAGGAGCAGUAUGGUCCAUAGAUGUUAAUUGGGAUACAACUAAAUUUAUGUCUGGAGCAGCUGAUAACAAACUCCUUUUGUGGGAUGUUAAAACAGGAAAAUCAAUUGGAAAAAUUUCAACAAAUUCUGCAGUAAGAUGUUGCCAGUUUAGUUAUUCAGGAAAUUUGGCUUGUUACUCUACGACUACUCAAGGAGGACAUCUUUGUGAAUUAUUUGUAAUCGAUGUUAGAACCAGUGAUAUUUUCGAAGGGAAUUCAAUAUUAAGAAUGACUUUUGAUGAAGCAAAAAUUACUUCUUUAUUGUGGGGAAGUGUUGAUGAAACUAUUAUUACUGGACAUGAUAAUGGAGAAUUACAACAAUGGGAUAUGAAGAACGGGAAGAAAAUUGUAUCGACGAAAGAUCAUUUUGGAAUGAUAAACGACAUGCAAAUGAAUAAGGACAGCACCUUUUUUAUUACAGCUUCUAAGGAUUACACUGCUAAACUAUUUGAUUCAGAUACACUUUUUUGUUUAAAAACUUAUAAAACAGAAAGACCUGUAAAUAGUGCAGCAAUUUCUCCACUUUUAGACCAUGUUGUAUUAGGAGGUGGGCAAGAUGCUAUGGAAGUAACUACAACUUCUACAAGAAUAGGUAAAUUUGAUUCUAGAUUUUUUCAUAUGGUUUUCGAAGAGGAAUUUGGAAGAGUCAAAGGUCACUUUGGACCUAUUAAUUCUGUAGCUUUUCAUCCAGAUGGAAGAAGUUAUAGUAGUGGCGGUGAAGAUGGUUACAUUAGAGUUCAUUAUUUUGAUAAUUCAUAUUUUGAUUUUUCUUUUGAUUAUUAA